GGUCCUGCGGGCCCUCGCACCUCCCUCCCCGCUGCCCGCAACGAGUGUCUCUUGUUUGAGCGAGGGGCGCAGCGCUGGGCGACGCGGACAUCCGACCACGCUCCGGUCGCAUCCCCGCGCCCCCAGCCCGCGCGGCCCCGGGUGCACGUUCCCAGGGGCGCCGGGCCGGGGAAGCCGGGGUGCCCCCUCCUAGGACCCCGCGGGGCGCCGCGUUCAGACAAUGGGGAGGGAGGUGGAGGUGGUUUCGUGACUGCGCCCGGCGGCUGAAGAGGAAGAGGAGGACGCGGUGCUGAGAGAUCCGGAGGCCGGGUCCCAAGUCCCGGCGCUCCCAGGCCCGCGCGGAGCGGCGGCGGCGCGGGGACGCAGGGCCCCGGCGGGAGGCGUCCAGCCCGGAGCCACACGCAGCGACCCCUCCGGGCCCGGAACCCCGGCUGCGCGCUCAUUCGUCGCCCGCCUCCCCCGGCCGCCCGCGCCGCCCCCGCCCGGGCACAUCCCCGCUGACUGCCCGCGCCCGGCCGCGCCGCAGCGCCCAAGUGUGCCAUCGGGCGGGCGCGGAGGCGGCGUCUGCUCCCACCCCCAGAUCACAUGGUGACCCUCGGCAGCCAAUGCAGUGGACGCUAGGACCCUGCGGGACCCCGGGCGCCGCGACUGCACCGGCGCCGCUGCAUUAUAAAUACUUCUCCAAAAUGCGGCGCAGCUCCCAGCGCGCGCCCCGGCCGCCCGCCGCCUCCGCCCCGCGCUCCUGAGCCGCCACCGCUGCCGUCGCCGCGGGUCCGAGGGCGCCGCGCCCUUGCCCUGGGCCGGGGCUGUGCCGGCCCGCAGCCCGGCCCGCCUCCCCGCGCUGCGCCUCCCGGCCGGGUGCAUGCAUUGUGAGCCUCCCGACAUGGUCUGCGAGACGAAGAUCGUGGCCGCCGAGGACCAUGAGGCGCUACCGGGGGCCAAGAAGGACGCGCUGCUCGCCGCUGCCGGCGCCAUGUGGCCCCCGCUGCCCGCCGCGCCCCCACCCGAGCCCCAGCCCCUGGGCGGUGCGGAGGACGCGGGUCCGCCGGAGGGGCGCGGCGUGUACAUCCGCGAGUUCCGCGCGGCCGAGCAGGAGGUGGCGCGCCGCAUCUUCUACGACGGCAUCAUGGAGCGCAUCCCCAACACGGCCUUCCGCGGCCUGCGGCAGCACCCGCGCACGCAGCUGCUCUACGCCCUGCUGGCCGCGCUGUGCUUCGCCCUCUCCCGCUCGCUGCUGCUGACCGCCCUGGUGACGCUGGCGCUGCUGGGGCUGCGCUACUACUACAGCCGCAAGGUGGUCCUGGCCUACCUGGACUGCGCCCUGCACACCGACAUGGCCGACAUCGAGCAGUACUACAUGAAGCCCCCCGGCUCCUGCUUCUGGGUGGCGGUGCUGGAUGGCAACGUGGUGGGCAUCGUGGCGGCGCGGGCCCACGAGGCGGACAACACCGUGGAGCUCCUGCGCAUGUCCGUGGACUCGCGCUUCCGCGGCAAGGGCAUCGCCAAGGCGCUGGGCCGCAAGGUGCUGGAGUUCGCGCUGGUGCACGACUACUCGGCGGUCGUGCUGGGCACCACCGCCGUCAAGGUGGCCGCCCACAAGCUCUACGAGUCGCUGGGCUUCAGACACAUGGGCUCCAGUGACCACUACGUGCUGCCCGGCAUGACCCUCUCGCUGGCCGAGCGCCUCUUCUUCCAGGUCCGCUACCACCGCUACCGCCUGCAGCUGCGCGAGGAGUGACCGCCGCCCGCCGCCCGCCCGCCGCCCCGUCCACCUGCGCCCACCCGCCCGCCGCCCGGGCCGCUUUCAGACGCUCGCCCCGGCGCACCUGCCGGGUUCUCCCGUUCUCAACCUCCCGCGGUUCUCUGGCUGGUUCUGGGGGCGGGGCCGCCGCUCGUCCCUGACUCUCCGGGGGGCGGGGCCUCCGCUGCUGGGCCCCGCCCUCCCCAGCCUGCGGGCCCCGCCCUGAGGAGUGCCGGCGCCGACCACCACGCACCUGCCCACACGGGGGCCCCGCUCUAGCUUCCGGGGCUCCCUGCCCGAGGCCGUCCAGGCGGGCCCGGCCUGGCCCGCCAGAGCACAGAACCUCUGCAGGGGAGCCCUGCCCGGCAGACGCCUGGCCACCAGCCAGGCUCCGGCUCAGCCUUCGCUCCCCGGGAGGCGUGGCCUGCCGGGCUGGCCGGCCGCGGCCCCAAGGGCCCCUUCGCUGUGUGCAUGCUGAGCACGUGGCCUGGCUGCAGCAUGCUGCAUGCCCGCGGCGCCCGCCUUGCCGCCCUGCCCACGGGGCCCAGACUGGAGAGCGCCCCUGCCCAGCCCUGAGCCAGCCCCCCGGCCCCCUGCUCUCGCGGGGGCCAGCCCCACCGGCCCCUUGCUGCACCCAGUUCAGCUUUGCUUUGACACCCAAUCACCUUCUUUCCUUUCGGCCCCUGCCCCUCCCCUGCCUGGGCUUUGCUGAUUGGAGCCAUCACCCAGGUGUGGUUCCCAUAGCAACCCACGGCACAGCCUCGGUCAAGGCCCUUCAGGAGAGCGGGUCGGCAGGCUCUCCCCCAGCGCCAGCUACCACCCGGCGGCCGCUCCCGCCUGCCCGGGACCUCCCCGCCUCACAGCCCACGGGCUCUGCCCUGUGAAUCUUACGAACCGAGGCCGCUGCCACCGCCACCGAGCCCACAGCUUCUCCCGGCCUGGAACCGACCUAUUUUUUAAUAAGUUACUUAGACAGAAUAGCACUCUGCAUGUCUUUAAUUCUCGGGACAAAACGGUAGUUCAUACCUUCACACGCGAGCACGCACACGCACCCGUGUGUGGUCUGGAACACGCACUGUUUCUGGCCCAGUGUGGUGGGGGUGGGUGGGGGGGGGUUGAAGUCCGGAAUCUGGAGGGAGACCCUGAUGUAGCAUCGUUUUCCUGGUCUGUGGGAGGCUGUGGGCGGCCCCACCCAGCCCCGACCGACGUGCCGCAGCCUCCUGGCGGGGCCGGUGGCCUCGCCGCCCACCGUGGCUGGGGGCCGCCUGCACACCCGGCCGUGGAGAGUGCAGGCUGCCGGGGCUGUCGGGCGCGGGGGGCCCGGACGGGGACAGGCCGGUGGUGGCUGGCGGUGGCUGGAUGCCCUGCUGUGAGCCUGGCCCCGGCCACAGAGACCCCUUUGCUCGGGGGUCUGGAGGAAGGGGGAUUGGCAGGCUGAGGGGGCCACCGGCCCGGGGCCCACGGAGGGGACGUUCGUGAAAGGCCCUUCGGAGAUCAGCGAGCGAGCGGGACGCCCGCUCCUGCGGCGCCUCCUGCGCUGCCGGCGACGCGACAUUUGCAGAACCCUGUACAGACCCCGCUCCCCUGUACAUACCCCUGGUGGCGCCCGGGCCCCGCCCGGGGUGGGAGUUUUGUAGACUGUACAGAAAUCGGCACCCUAUUUUCUUGCAGUUCUCAGAUUUUGUUAACCUGGAUUAUACAGACAGACGUAAAGUGUUUUAGCAAAAUGGAAA